AUGCCUGCACCCAAGAAUGUAUCGCAACUUCGUUCGUUCCUUGGCCUGAUCAGUUACUAUAGCGCCUUCCUACCAUCGCUGCAUGACAUACGGGCCCCGCUCAAUCGUCUGUUGCAGAGGGAUGCUCCCUGGUGCUGGUCUCCCGACUGUGAAAAGGCCUUCGCUCAGCUAAAGUCGAUGCUGAGUUCAGAUCUGCUGCUCACGCACUACGACCCGACGCUGCCGAUCGUUGUUGCUGCAGAUGCUUCCAAUCACGUAGUUGGUGCCGUCAUCUCACAUACUUUUCCUGAUGGGUCUGAAAAGGCGAUCAUGCAUGCAUCUCGCACGCUAACCCCUGCGGAGAAGAACUAUGGGCAAAUAGAGAAAGAGGCUCUAGCCCUCGUGUUUGCCGUCAAGAAAUUUAACAAACUGUUGUACGGUCGCCACUUCACGCUGUUGACGGAUCACAAACCAUUGCUGUCAAUCUUCGGUUCGAAGAAAGGCAUUCCCGUCUACUCAGCCGGCCGACUUCAGCGAUGGGCAACCAUCCUUCUUGGCUACGAUUUCGACAUUCGCUACUGUCGUACUACAGACUUUGGUCAGGCUGACGCCCUUUCUCGCCUCAUCAGCACUCAGCAGGAACCGGAAGAAGAUACCGUGAAUGCAGCUAUUUCGAUUGAGGACGAUGUGUGCCGUCAGCUAUCAGACGCCAUACGAGGUAUCCCUGUCACUGCCGCGGACAGCCGACGUGCUACUGAACAGGAUCCUAUCCUCCGCCAGGCCAUCACCUACGUGCUGACCUGCUGGCCAACCACUGCUCUCGCUGGCGAUCUUCGCCAGCUCUUCCUCCGCCGAGCAUCGCUAUCUGCAGUUGACUCCUGCCUCAUGUUUGCAGACCGUGUGGUGAUCCCAUCUUCCCUCCGACCCACUGUACUACGCCAGUUCCAUGCGGCUCAUCCUGGUACCAGCCGAAUGAAGUCUAUUGUUCGCAGUUUCGCCUUCUGGCCGGGUAUCGACGGCGACAUCAACGACCUAGUUCGAUGCUGUUCUCGAUGUCAGCAAGCUGCCAAGAUGCCCCAUCGUCAACCGCCAGUACCCUGGGAACCACCAGAGAGGCCUUGGUCACGCGUACACAUCGACUUCGCUGGCCCACUUAACGGAGUCUCCUACCUAAUCUUGGUUCACGCCUGCUCGAAGUGGCCCGAGAUUGCUCCGCUGAAUCCAGCAACCGCAUCUGCCACUAUUGCCUUCCUACGACGCAUCUUUAGCCAACAUGGCUUACCGGAAGUCCUGGUUUCAGACAAUGGCUCUCAGAUUAUUUCGUCGACAUUUGCGGAUUUCUGCUGCCAGCACAACAUCCAGCAUCUUCGCUCCCCGCCCUACCAUUCUCAGUCUAACGGUCAGGCGGAGCGUUUUGUCGACACUUUUAAGAGAGCCCUUUUGAAAGCUCGUGGGGAGGGGACCACGGACGAGAUAGUCCAGGCUUCCUGUCUUCCUAUAGGACAACACCGAACCCGGCGUCCCCUGGUGGCGUUUCUCCUGCCGAAGCGUUGA